AUGACAAAACCACGUCGUGGUGUCCGGUUCCCCGGUCGAAGCCUCAAUGGCCACGUCUCUUCUGACGGUAGGAGAUCUAGUUUCAGCGAAAUAAGCGAAGAUGGAUCAGGAUCUCCUAUCAAAACUAAAAGCUCGCCGCAACUAGACGGUAUUAGCGAAAAAGCGCCAGAACAGCCUCAGAUGACUGACUACGAGAAGAAAAAGGCCAAUUUCCUUACGCGAACCUUCUGGACAUUCGUCAUGAUAGGGGGUUUUUUCGCAGCUCUGUUUUCAGGCCACAUAUACAUCAUUGCUUGCAUUACUGCUGUACAAAUCGUCUCCUUCAAAGAAGUCAUUGCCAUUGCUAGUGUCCCUAGUCGAGCUCGACAGCUACGUCCUACCAAGAGCUUGAAUUGGUAUUGGCUUGCCACCACCAUGUAUUUCCUCUACGGCGAGACCGUUAUUUACUACUUCAAGCAUAUCGUACUUGUCGACAAGGUUCUACUCCCAUUAGCUACGCAUCAUCGCUUUAUUAGCUUCGUCUUAUAUGUCAUCGGCUUCGUCUUCUUCGUCGCCAACCUCAAGGCCGGACACCUGAAGUUUCAAUUUACCAAUUUUGCUUGGACGCAUAUGGCGCUAUACUUGAUCGUCGUACAGGCUCACUUCGUCAUGAACAACGUCUUCGAGGGCAUGAUCUGGUUUUUCCUGCCCGCAGCUUUGGUUAUCACUAAUGAUAUUUUCGCUUAUAUCUGCGGUAUUACUUUUGGUCGAACACAAUUAAUCAAGCUUUCUCCCAAGAAGACGGUAGAGGGGUUUUUAGGUGCUUGGAUUAUGACCAUUGUUUGGGCUGCCCUUCUGACGAACGUGCUGAUGCGUUCCAAAUAUUUUAUCUGCCCUGUCAACAAUCUUGGAUCUAGCAUCUUCACUGGUCUCGAGUGUGAUCCUAACCCAGUGUUCCUCCCGCAUACGUAUACACUCCCCGAUCUAUUCUUCCUUCCUGGAAGGACUAAUUUCUCCUUCACUACCGAGCCCAUGCAGUUUCAUGCUAUCGUCUUAGCGACUUUUGCAUCCUUAAUCGCACCUUUUGGUGGAUUUUUCGCGUCGGGACUCAAGAGGACCUUUAAGAUCAAGGACUUUGGCGAUUCGAUCCCUGGCCACGGUGGCAUGACGGACAGAAUGGACUGUCAAUUUAUUAUGGGAUUCUUUGCCUUCAUCUACUACCAAACUUUCAUCGCACAGCACAAAGUCAACGUUGGAAAUGUCAUGGAGAUGGCUAUUACGGGGUUGGCACCAGAGGAGCAGAUUGAACUAAUCAGGGGAAUGAGCAGAUAUCUAGAAAAUCAAGGAGUAUGGGGACCUGAAGUUCAUGCAUGUCUAGAUCGAGUAUUACCAGCCCGGAGAUAA